GCUUUGAAAUUCCUCUGAUACUUUACGAUAUUUGGCAACAAAAACCAUCACCCAAUAAUUGCUCUCUGUCACUCUCACUCUUUCUCUGUUUUCCCCCCAAACCCAUCAAUUUUUACUUGCAAACAGUGCUGUAAUUAGGGUUUUUUUUUUUCUUUCCUCUUUUUGGAUUUCUUUUUGCUACUUUUUUGGUACUUUAAAGAUGAUUUGUAGUGCUUCGUUGCUCGUUCAAUUUUAAUGAUGUUUUAUGUCCUCUUGGGUGAUCUUCGUUUCUGUACGCGUAUGUGUGUAUUCAUAGUCUUCUGGUGACUGUGACUGGUGAACGGCAACUGAAUAUUAGUGUAUAAUCUUCGAGAAUCGGGAGCUUUCAUGGAGCCAAACAAGGAGAAGCUUGUCAAGUUAGUUUGAUCUAUAAAUCUUUUCUUGCUAAUUUUCCCAUAUAUUUGGAAUUUUAAUGUUAUUGACGAGGAAAAGAAAGUGGGUGUUCGUUAAAAUUCGAUCUUCUAUUAUGUAUAAGCUUCUCCUCUUUCAAUUCUUGUUUAUUUCAGUCAGAUUUAAGGAACCAAAAAGGUGUGUGAUGAUGAAAAUCUGCUUUUUUGUAUGGUUCAAGAUGGUGUUGGUUGGUUGCCGGUAAAGUGUUUGUAAAUAUACCUAACAACAAAAAGAUUUUGCAAGAACAGUAAACUAUUGACCCAAAGUAAAAAAAAGUAAAGCUGAGGAAGAAUGGAAUUGGAAUUGAAGCACAACCAACUAAUGCUUCACACCAUUAAUCCUGAUAUGAUUGUGAAGUUAUGGAGUUGGAAUUUCUGGAUAAGCUCUUCAAUUGAUAUCAAUGUACUUUAUAAUUAUAUUUGCAGGUUUUACACUAAUGGCAAGCAAAAGAAUGAUUUUUUAUGGGGAAGAACUGAGCCUUUACACCUUGACAAGUCAUCUUCUGGGUACAACGUUCCAUCCUCUCUGCUAAAACCUAAUAUUGGGUUACCGGUAAGGGGAAAUCUCACUUCCCCCCCUAAGCAUGGAACAAGUAACUUGUUUCCUGAGGACCACGAGCCGUGGCAGAAGCGAAUACUUGAUCCGGGUAGUGAGAUUGUGUUGAAGUGGAACCGGGUUUUCAUAGUCUCGUGCUUGCUGGCACUAUUUAUUGAUCCACUAUAUUUUUAUUUACCUGGUGUGCAAGGAGGCCAAGACUCCUGGUGUGUCAAGACGGACUUGAAUCUACGGAUUGUUGUGACAACUUUCCGCACUUUGGCAGAUUUGUUCUACAUGUUGCAUGUUGCAAUUAAGUUCAGGACAGCUUAUGUUGCCCCUAGCUCUCGGGUGUUUGGGCGAGGUGAACUUGUUAUGGAUCCUAAGAAGAUUGCUCGAAGAUAUAUUAGAACCGACUUCUUCAUUGAUCUGAUUGCAACACUUCCUCUCCCUCAGAUUGUUAUCUGGUUCAUCAUACCUGCAACGAGGAACCGGCGGGCUAAUCACAAUAAUAAUGCCCUUGCAUUGAUUGUUCUACUACAAUAUAUUCCGAGAUUAUAUCUGAUUUUUCCUUUAAGUUCUGAACUGGUCAAAGCAACGGGAGUUAUCACAAAAACUGCUUGGGCAGGGGCUGCAUAUAAUUUAAUGUUGUACAUGCUGGCUAGUCAUGUAUUGGGCGCAGCUUGGUAUUUGCUAUCAAUUGAUCGACACUUGUCCUGCUGGAAAUCUAUUUGCAAAACGGAAAGAACAUGUAGACCUGAAUAUCUUGAUUGCAGCAGUAUUAAUCUUACUGGUUACAGAAACUGGGCAGGUACAACGAACGUUUUUAAGCAGUGUACUGCUGAUGAUGAUAAAUUCAAGUAUGGAAUAUUUCAAAACGCCGUGCAGAAAAAUGUCAUCUCCUCAAAUUUCUUUCGCAAGUACUUCUAUUGUUUGUGGUGGGGCUUACAACAACUAAGUUCAUAUGGGCAGAACUUGUCAACAAGCACAUUCAUAGGAGAGACAUCAUUUGCAAUACUCAUUGCCAUUGUUGGUCUUGUUUUGUUUGCACACUUGAUUGGCAAUAUGCAGACCUACCUGCAGUCGUUGACAAUGAGACUUGAGGAAUGGAGACUUAGGCGAAGAGACACUGAGGAGUGGAUGAGGCAUCGUCAACUCCCUGAAGAUUUGAGAAAACGUGUUCGGCGUUUUGUCCAAUACAAGUGGGUCGCUACUCGAGGGGUACAUGAAGAAGCUAUCCUUCAUGGCUUGCCUGCUGAUCUUCGCAGGGAUAUCCAACGGCACCUAUGCUUGGACCUUGUUUGCCGGGUCCCAUUCUUCUCCCAGAUGGAUGACCAAUUACUGGAUGCAAUAUGCGAGCGUCUUGUUUCUUCCUUGAGCACAGAAGGUGCUUACAUCGUUCGUGAAGGAGAUCCGGUGACAGAGAUGUUCUUCAUCAUCAGAGGCAGACUCGAAAGUUCCACAACAAAUGGUGGCCGAACCGGCUUCUUCAAUUCCAUCAUUAUGAGGCCUGGAGAUUUUUGUGGGGAAGAACUUCUUGCAUGGGCUUUGCAUCCAAAGUCAACAGUCAACUUACCUUCUUCAACCAGAACCGUCCGAUCCCUUACAGAAGUCGAAGCUUUCGCUCUACGAGCUGAAGAUCUCAAAUUUGUUGCCAAUCAGUUCAGGAGACUACACAGCAAGAAGUUGCAGCAUACUUUUAGGCAUUACUCCCACCAUUGGAGGACAUGGGCAGCUUGCUUCAUACAGGCUGCUUGGAGAAGGCAUAAGAGGAAGAAGAUGGCCAGAUACCUCUCUUCAAUGGAGUCCUUUGUUGAUCAGAAUGAACCAGAAGACGACCAACAAGAUGAUGACGAUGAUGAUGAACAAGAACAACAUGCUCAUGAUCCUCCGUCCCAAGUGAAGUCAAACCUUGGAGUCACGAUAUUGGCUUCUAGAUUUGCAGCCAACACAAGACGAGUAGCUGCUCAGAGGCUGAAAAGUGCUGGUGGAUUGCCCAAAUUGCAGAAACCUGAAGAACCAGACUUUUCUGCUGAGCCAGAUAUCAGUUAGUUGGAUGAACAAAAAGGAUAUAUAUAUAUAUACUUACAAAAUGACACCAGAAUCCGGUGAGCUGAUUUUGAAUCUAGAUUGUUUUUGGUUAAAAUCUGAAGUUAUAUGGUAACUGAGGGAGUGGGAUUCGUAGUGCUCUAGAAUUUGGGUUCUGGCGGAUGCAACCCUGACCGAGUAUGAUGUAUUUACGAACGUUAGCCUUUAUAUUUGAGGACUUUAAUGGAUGAGCGAAAAGUUUGUAAAA